CCUCUCCCCUCUGUCCUCUCCCCACCCCCAGCUUCUUAAUCACCCAGCUUAACCCAUUCUGCACCGAAGGCUCGCAGAGUUGGAAGCUGCGGAGAAUUAACCCGUCUCCUGAAAUCCAAUAACAGUGCCACCAGUCCCACUGUGGGCUAAAGCUUCACACUUUUGCCAUAAGGCCCCCGGCCCCUCGCUAGCAGACAGGUAGGGGGAGUGCGAAUACUGCUGGAGCUCGGGAAACUGGUCCCGAGAAGGCUCCAUCCAGGAUCGCCACUACCGUGGAAGUGCGCCCGGAGCCCGGUCUUCCGCGGGAUGACAAUUAGCCAAAGAUUAUUUCUCUUUAUUCAGAAGCAUAAAGUUGUUUGCUGAUUGCAAGAAGAUGUUUCUUUGGCUCUUUCUGAUUUUGUCAGCCCUGAUUUCUUCGACAAAUGCAGACUCUGACAUAUCAGUGGAAAUUUGCAAUGUGUGUUCCUGCGUGUCAGUUGAGAAUGUGCUCUAUGUCAACUGUGAGAAGGUUUCAGUCUACAGACCAAAUCAGCUGAAACCGCCUUGGUCUAAUUUUUAUCACCUCAAUUUCCAAAACAAUUUUUUAAACAUCCUCUAUCCAAAUACAUUCUUGAAUUUUUCACACGCAGUAUCCCUGCAGCUGGGAAACAAUAAACUGCAAAACAUUGAGGGAGGGGCCUUUCUUGGGCUCAGUGCAUUAAAGCAGUUGCACUUGAACAACAAUGAAUUAAAGAUUCUCCGAGCUGACACUUUCCUUGGCAUAGAGAACUUGGAGUAUCUCCAGGCUGACUACAAUUUAAUCAAGUAUAUUGAACGAGGAGCCUUCAAUAAGCUCCACAAACUGAAAGUUCUCAUUCUUAAUGACAAUCUGAUUUCAUUCCUUCCUGACAAUAUUUUCCGAUUUGCAUCUCUGACCCAUCUGGAUAUACGAGGGAACCGAAUCCAGAAGCUCCCCUAUAUCGGAGUUCUGGAACACAUAGGCCGCGUUGUCGAAUUGCAACUAGAAGAUAACCCUUGGAACUGUAGCUGCGAUUUGUUGCCUUUAAAAGCUUGGCUGGAAAAUAUGCCCUAUAAUAUUUACAUAGGAGAAGCUAUCUGUGAAACUCCCAGUGACUUAUAUGGCAGGCUUCUCAAAGAAACCAACAAACAAGAACUAUGCCCCAUGGGCACGGGCAGUGACUUCGACGUCCGAAUCCUGCCCCCAUCUCAGCUGGAAAAUGGCUACACGACCCCCAAUGGUCACAGCACCCAAACAUCCUUACACAGAUUAGUGACCAAGCCACCAAAAACGACGAAUCCUUCCAAGAUCUCUGGAAUCGUGGCGGGCAAGGCCCUCUCCAACCGCAAUCUCAGUCAGAUCGUGUCCUACCAAACAAGAGUGCCCCCUCUGACCCCAUGCCCAGCGCUUUGCUUCUGCAAAACACACCCUUCCGAUUUGGGACUGAGCGUCAACUGCCAGGAGAAAAAUAUCCAGUCCCUGUCUGAACUGACCCCGAAGCCUCUGAAUGCCAAGAAGUUGCACGUCAAUGGCAAUGGCAUCAAGGACGUGCACGUCGCAGACUUCACCGAGUUCGAGGGGCUGGAUCUGCUCCACUUAGGGAGCAACCAGAUCACGGCCAUCCAGGGGAACGUGUUCCACAAUCUCACCAAUUUACGCAGACUGUACCUCAAUGGCAAUCAGAUCGAGAGACUGUAUCCCGAAAUCUUUUCAGGACUUCACAACCUGCAGUAUCUGUAUUUGGAAUACAAUUUGAUUAAGGAAAUCUUAGCGGGCACUUUUGACGCUAUGCCCAACCUGCAGUUACUGUAUCUAAACAAUAAUCUCCUGAAGAGCCUGCCCGUUUACAUUUUCUCCGGAGCCCCCCUGGCUAGACUGAACUUGAGGAACAACAAGUUCAUGUACCUCCCGGUCAGCGGGGUCCUGGAUCAGCUGCAGUCUCUUACCCAGAUUGACUUGGAGGGCAACCCGUGGGACUGUACCUGUGACCUGGUGGCCUUAAAGCUGUGGCUGGAGAAGCUGAACGACGGCAUCGUGGUGAAAGAACUGAAAUGUGAGACGCCGGUCCAGUUUGCCAACAUCGAACUGAAGUCCCUCAAAAAUGAGAUCUUGUGCCCCAAGCUCUUAAACAAGCCAUCGUCCCCCUUCACGAGUCCGGCGCCGGCCAUGUCAUUCACCACGCCGCUGGGGCCCAUCCGAAGUCCUCCUGGUGGCCCAGUGCCUCUGUCUAUUCUAAUCCUGAGUAUCUUAGUGGUCCUCAUUUUGACGGUGUUUGUGGCUUUCUGCCUCCUGGUGUUCGUGCUGAGACGGAACAAGAAGCCCACGGUGAAGCACGAAGGCCUGGGGAAUCCCGAGUGCAGCUCCAUGCAGUUGCAGCUGAGGAAGCAUGACCACAAAAGCAACAAAAAGGACGGGCUGGGCACAGAGGCCUUCAUCCCCCAGACCAUCGAGCAGAUGAGCAAGAGCCACACGUGUGGCUUGCAGGAGUCGGAGACCGGCUUCAUGUUCUCAGACCCCCCGGGACAGAAAGUCAUUAUGAGAAACGUUGCCGACAAGGAGAAAGAUUUAUUGCACGUGGAUACCAGGAAGAGACUGAGCACAAUUGAUGAGCUGGAUGAAUUGUUCCCAAGCAGGGAUUCCAAUGUGUUUAUCCAGAAUUUUCUCGAGAGCAAAAAGGAGUACAACAGCAUAGGUGUCAGUGGCUUCGAGAUCCGCUACCCAGAAAAACAACAAGACAAAAAACACAAGAAGUCCCUGAUAGGCGGCAACCACAGUAAAAUCGUGGUGGAGCAGAGGAAGAGCAGCGAGUACUUUGAACUGAAGGCCAAGCUGCAGAGUUCCCCUGACUACUUACAGGUCCUCGAGGAGCAAACGGCUUUGAACAAGAUCUAGGUCAUGUAAGCUCCCUGCAUACAGAGGACAUUUAUUUAAUGAUGAAAGUGCCUUGUGUUGACUUCUCACUUCCAAAUACUAUGUUAUCGAUAGGCAUAGAGGCAGGUGUUUCCAAGGGUGUCUCGUUAACUGUAGCUGCAAAGAUGUGUCCAUAGAAGCGAAUUUCCUUAAUAGAUUUUACUACAUAAAACCUAUACUGUGGAGUCCUGUGGGGAUACUGCAAACUCUAUUGCCAAAGGGAUGCUUUAUAUACAUAAUACACUGAAUUUAACCUCAAGAGGCAAAUCUGUUUUGUACCCCGAUGCAAAACCUUCGUCUCUUUGUGCUUUGUAAAGCAAACUCAAGAAAACUGGUACCAGUGUUAGUACCUCAGCUGGGUCCUUCAUCUUGCACGUAGAUUAAGUUGGUGGAACUGGAAUAAUCCUUUUGAUUUGUGGCAUUGUAACAACUCUGUGUAAAGAUUAUCCGAAAAGUAAAAAAAAAA